GAAACACCUGUCGGUUAAGGUGCUGGUGUCUGUCGUUGCCUCACUACUGAUAGCCUCUCUUGUGGUAGGCCUAAUAGUAGGACUCUUGCUCAGAGAUCAUCCUCAAGACCCCACAGUAUCGGAAGUGUACACUAGCGCCGCCAUAUCUACGGAUGCUGGUCAGUGUGCGUCAGUGGGAAAAUCUAUCUUAAAGAAAAAUGGAUCGGCAGUGGAUGCAGCGAUCGCCACACUUCUCUGUAUGGGGGUUGUGAACCCUCACAGCAUGGGACUUGGGGGAGGAUUUCUCAUGACGAUAUACCAAAGGGAUGAGAAGUUCGCAAAAGUCCUAGAAGCCCGCGAGAUGGCGCCACUAAAAGCCACAGAAGAUAUGUUUCAUGGAAAUAAAAAACUAGCUGAAGAGGGCGGGCUGUCAAUAGCUGUCCCUGGAGAACUCCCUGGUUAUGUUGUUGCAUGGCAAGAAUAUGGAAAACUCCCCUGGACAGAAUUGUUUCAACCUGCCAUAGAGAUGUGCGAGAACGGGUUUUUAGUGGAACGUCAGCUUGCACGUGCUCUGACUUUGAACAAAGAACUCAUACAGAAUGAACCUAGUCUACGCACGUUCUUCUGGAACAAUAACACUGGUGACGUUUACAAAGAACACGAGAGGCUGCGCAGACCUGUCCUUGGCCAAACUUUGCGCACACUUUCUCAAAACAGCACCAUCACAAAGUUCUUUGGAGAACUAGAAAAAACUCUUCCAGAGGAAAUUCGUAGUUUUG